AUUCUUUAACUUUCCCCUAAACUUUCCUACCUCCACGCGGAAUGUGCCAGACUCGUGGCGGUCGCUGGCAAGCACGCAGUGCCACUUCGAAACUCUUGAGACGUUGAUGGUGAUGUUGCUGGCCACAUGUUGCAACAACAAACAUGCAUAUGCAUGUACCAUUGAAGAAGAAGAAGCGCAAUAACAGUACCUUGUCUGUUUUUGAGUGGAAGAUGGGUCCCACAUUCUGCUUGUGGACUGCUUUUUCGUCACCAAACAAGGAUACUACUACUACUACUACUAUUGUUUCUGUAAUUGUAGUUUUCUUCUUCUUCAACUACAGUACCAUUCUUGCACGCAAGUUUCGUGGCAUGUUAGAUUGUUUGAGAUUUGGCACGAGUUAGGGAAGGGACCUGACUCACUUUUCCCCGAGUUAGGUAGCUUGAAGCCUCAUCACGGUGUUUCUUCAAGUAGCAAUUUUCUUUGUCUUAAUAGGUUGGGACGUCUGAAAUCACGUUUGCUUGCUCUGGUGCAGACAGAAAGCAAAUAGAGAACCAAACAGAAACAGAGUUUCCAAGAUAUGGCAGAGAAAGAGAGUCUGUAUUCAUCAGGUGAUUGGAGGAGAAUAUCAACUUGCACUUUCUUUAAGGAUGCCAGGCUAGUUUUUAAAUCAGAUAGUCUUGGUCGCGAAAUAUUGUCCAUUGCAUUGCCUGCAGCAAUGGCUUUGACAGCUGACCCUAUUGCUUCACUAGUUGACACCGCUUUCAUUGGCCAAAUAGGUCCAGUGGAGCUUGCUGCUGUAGGAGUUUCCAUAGCUCUCUUCAAUCAAGUAUCAAGGAUUGCGAUAUUCCCACUCGUCAGUGUGACAACCUCUUUUGUGGCUGAGGAAGAUGCCCUCGGUGGAGCACACUCCCAGGAGGAGAGUAGAGAAUUGGAAGCGGGUCUGAAAAUGGAUAAUGAUGCCAUAAAGUUAUUACAAAAAAAGGAUGAAAGUUUUCACAAUUCAGAUUCGGCCGGCGUAAACUUCAAUAUUGUUAAGGAGGAAUGUACGAAACGACAUAUCCCUUCAGCUUCAUCAGCAUUAUUUUUUGGUGGUAUCCUAGGCAUCAUCCAAGCAGUAUUACUUAUAUCUGCAGCAAAACCAUUAUUGAACUUCAUGGGAGUAACUUCUGACUCUCCUAUGCUACACCCUGCACAGCGGUAUCUAACAUUGCGGUCCCUUGGCGCUCCUGCAGUUCUUCUCUCGUUGGCGAUGCAGGGAGUCUUUAGAGGAUUUAAAGACACUACAACUCCUUUAUAUGCAACAGUUGCAGGAGAUGUGACCAACAUAGCACUGGAUCCUCUAUUCAUGUUUGUGUUCCGAAUGGGUGUCAGUGGCGCAGCCGUUGCCCAUGUCAUAUCUCAGUACCUAAUUUCAGUUAUACUCUUGUGGAAGUUGAUGGAACAAGUUGAUCUUAUACCUCCAAGCAUCAAACAUUUGCAAUUUGACCGAUUUGUUAAAAAUGGUUUUCUAUUAUUAAUGAGAGUCAUUGCUGUUACAUUCUGCGUGACACUGGCCGCAUCCCUAGCUGCACGCCAGGGAGCAACAUCGAUGGCUGCAUUUCAAGUUUGUCUGCAGAUUUGGUUGACAGUGUCUCUUCUUGCUGAUGGUCUGGCUGUUGCUGGGCAGGCUAUUCUUGCUGGAGCAUUUGCUAAUAAUGACUAUGAAAAGGCCACGGAAACUGCAUCCCGAGUGUUACAGAUGGGUGUGGUUCUAGGAUUAGCACUUGCUUUCAUUCUUGGAGCGGGAUUGCACUUUGGAGCUAAACUAUUUACAAAAGAUGUUGAUGUCCUCCACCUCAUUAGAGUUGGGGUCCCGUUUGUUGCACUCACUCAACCCUUGAAUGCUUUGGCUUUUGUAUUUGAUGGUGUCAACUUUGGAGCAUCUGAUUUUGCAUAUUCAGCCUUCUCCAUGGGUGUGGUAGCAAUUAUCAGCAUCAUUUGUCUGCUUAUUUUGUCUUCUGCUGGCGGUUUCAUUGGAAUUUGGGUUGCUUUGACCAUCUAUAUGAGUCUAAGGGCAUUUGCUGGCUUCUUGAGGAUUGGAACAGGAUCAGGACCAUGGGAGUUUCUUAGGUGCUGAUUGCACUAGGUAGGCACCAUGGUCAUGGCUUCAUAAUUAGCCUCAGUUUCAGUGGUGUUAAUGUCAUAGUGAGAAAAAGGUUCCCUAGGCUUUUCAAUCUCUUGGAUUCUAUUCUGAAGAAUAGGCACGCACUUCUUCUAGCUUGAUUAUGAUUGGGGCAUUGGUUAGAAAAAUCUACCUCUGCUUCAGAUUAUGUACAGAAAAAAUCUCCCAGUGUAUCUCAUGUCCUCAUUAAAUAUAGUAUGACAUGUAAUAUAGGAUAUAUUAGGAUUAAACUUCUUGUAACUAUGCAACAGAUAUAAUUACAUGAAAAUGAAAGAUAGCUCGGAACAAGUGCUACUUGCUAGAAUUGAAAAA